UUUUAAUUACAUUUUUUUCAUGAGUUUCGCUUUUGGCGACGAAAUAUGAGUAAAACUAUUAAAGAGGUGUUCUGCCGUCUCUGUUUGGUGGAAACCCGAAACAGAGUGGUGAUAUUUCCGAGGGAGUGUACCGUGGAAAACCGAGUCCAAAAAUUAUUGAAACUUGUUGAAAUAGAGCUAAGCUCCAAAACUGAGCCAGAUGCCGUGUUGUGUUUUGAAUGUCUUGCUACGCUUGAAGAGUUUUAUAAAUUUAAGAAACAGUGUCAUGAAAAUGAUGAACACAUGAAAAGUCUUAAUCGAACAUCGAACAAGCCACUUCUUGUGGCGCAAGCAACAGACACUGGAAUUAAACAUACUAAUAAACCCAAAAUGCACGAAAAAAAGGAACGAAUUUCGGAUGCAAGCGAUAUAUCACCGAAGAAUUUCAAUAAGCAAUACCAAGCAUUCAUAGGUUCUCAAAAAUUUGAUACCAACGUCACGUUCGAGGAAGAGCACGCAGAUAUAACUUUAAAGGAAGAAGCGUUUUUCAAAGCAUCAAGCAAAACAUUUGGAUUGGCCGAGCUAAACAAAAUGCUUGUUCUGUCUGAACCCUACGGAAAUUUUCAUUUUGAAAAAACACCACGGUCCAACUAUUAUAAUUUGGUUUACAAUGGGGAACGCUACAAUUCAGCUCUGUUUACCGCUCGAUUCACGUACUGGCAGUGUAUUUAUCGAAAAAAGCAUUUUUGCAAGGCUCAAAUCUGUUGUACAAACGAUUACAAACAUUUCGAAAAAAGACACACUCAUUCUCACGGGGCGUUACCAGAGAAAAGUGGAAUAAUCUACCAGCCAACUCAAGCCUUACCCGAAAUAUUUGAGAUCUGUCGAGCGCAAUUUAAAAAGAAACUUGGAGGGCAACGGCAAAUUGUAGAAGGUAAAAAGAGGAAACACAUUGAAACGAUUAACACAACCGAAAGUAGCAGUAACGCACAUUCAGAAUAUGUUGAGGAAGAGGUAAUCAUUGACGACGAACUUCCGAACUCCACAGAGUUCAUUGAUAUUUCUGGUGGUGACGGUGAGUACAUUAUUGAGACACUAGAUGAAUCGGAGGAAGAUUUACCCGCUGAUAAUAGUGGCGAUUAUGCUGCUACUAGUGAAGAGUUGCAUGAUGACGAUGAUGCUAAUGAUAAUGUGGUUUCGAAAAGCACACCUGAUAGCUAUUCGAAAAAAUCCAAUCCGCCUAAACAAAAUCGUAAAUCCGUAACAAAACCAUCACAUGCAGCGGAGAACGAUGGCAACAAGGAGACCCAGUUCUAUUUAACCAUUGACCCGCAAGUAAUGGGUAAAACUGAUUUCAGCAAUCCGGUUCUUGCUGAAUCAUAUCCAGACUAUUUUCACUUUGAGAAAAAUCCUCGUUCGGUUAAUUACACUCUCGUAUUCUUUGGUGAACGAUUCAAUUCGGCUCGGUACGGAGUCAAUUAUACGUACUGGCAGUGUGCGCACCGCACAAGAUAUCGCUGUAGUGCGGUACUCCGCACAACCAAUGAUUACACUGCGUUUGAACGAACACAACAUCACACCCACGGGGAAGUCACGGUAAAAAAGAAAAUCGUUUUCACGCCUCGUGAAGCAUUGCCGGACAUAUUCAAAAUAACCAGGAGUCGAUCUGCUUGGAAAAAUGCCGUUGCUAACCAACAGAACUCGGAUCAAUCAGAUGAAUCCUCGGACGAAGAUAGGUCAGAUCAAUCAAACUACGGUGAAGAUUCCAGCUGUAUUGAAGAUGAUAAAGCGUACAUUCGAAAACACAAAAAACAAGCUAAAGGCAAGCAGAAAACCAUCCCGAAGGAAUGCGUAGUGGAAAGCCUGCCCGUGUUGGACAAUAUGUUAGUGCUGGCCGAUUCAUAUCCCGAUUCUUUCUAUUUCGAAAAGAGCCCCCGUUCCACGUACUUUACGCUGAUCUACGACGGUGAACGUUAUAAUUCGCCUCUGUUCACGACACGACACACCUAUUGGCAGUGCGCACACCGUAGACGGUUCCAGUGCCAGGCGCAGAUUACUGUGACUAACGAUUACCUGAAGCUCGAGAAAAGACACGAGCAUAAUCACGACCAGUUAGUAGUACAGAGCCAAACGGAGUACACCCCGCAGGAAGCGCUUCCGUUGAUUUUCGAGGCUUGCAGAAAAAUUGCCUAUAAGAAACGUUCGCGAGACAGGGUAAAACGGCUUUACGCAAAAGAGGCGUAUGAAGAAGCGACAAAGAAGGAAAAUAAGGAUGCUUCAUGUGAAACGGCGCAAGACUCAUCGAAUAAUGAUGAAAUUUUUCUCGAAUUCGUUGAAGAUGAAGUUGUGAAGAAAAAGAAGAAGAAAUAAA